AUGGACCACGAGCGCAUCGAGCACGUCGGUAUCAGAGAUUCUCCCCCUUCCUUUGCUGGCUCCGACGAGGACCUGUCGGAGCACUACACCCGGUACCCUAACAGGUGGUCCAAGUACCGCGAGUACAUCAGGGAACCCGCCGCCGAGUUUUUCGGGGUCAUGAUUCUCAUCAUCUUCGGUGCUGGUGUCGAUUGCCAGGUCGUCCUCUCGUCGGACACCAGGGUAGCCUCCUCGCCCAAGGGUGAUUAUCUCUCCCUCAACUUCGGCUGGGCGGUCGGUACCGCCCUCGGUGUCUGGGUUUCUGGCGGCAUUUCUGGCGGACACAUCAACCCGGCGGUCACGAUUGCGCUUGCGACAUUCCGCGACUUCCCCUGGCGCAAGGUCCCCGCCUACAUUUUUGCCCAGGUCAUGGGCGGUCUCUGCGGUGCCGGUAUCAUUUACGCAAACUACAUCCACGCGAUCGACCUUGUCGAGGGCGGCCGGCACAUACGCACCGUCCCUGGCACGGCUGGCCUGUUCUCCACCUACGCAAUGGAUUACAUGACGUCGGUGUCAUGCUUCUUUGACGAGUUCGUGGGAACCGCCGUCCUCCUUAUCGUCGUGUGUGCUAUUGGUGACGCGCGGAACGGCCCCCCGCCUCCGGGCCUUGCACCCCUCGUCCUGUUCAUCAUGAUUCUCGGCAUCGGUGCCUCCCUCGGAAUGCAGACUGGAUACGCCAUUAACCCCGCGCGUGAUCUUGGCCCUCGGCUGUUGACCGCUAUGGUUGGGUACGGCUCAGGUGUCUUCACGUUCCGGAGCCACUACUGGCUUUGGUGUCCUGUCAUUGCGCCCAUUAUCGGUGCCCUCUUCGGCGUCUUUGUCUACGACACCCUCUUCUUCACCGGCGCGGAGAGCCUGCUGAACAGACCUGACGCAAAAGCACGCGCACACCAUGAGCGUGCACGGAACCAAGAACGCGGGCGGCCCAUCGCCGGCGUCGAAAACGUCUAA